UUGUACCGUUUGUUUUUUCGAGUUUACGAGCAGCUCUUGAAUGCACCAUACGUUUCUCAGCCGGUGUUUUCAUUCUUUUACGCCCCUCCGCUCCUAUGCGCUGGGUUCGAUGCCUCAGGGACUGUUGGCAUUGUAUUCAGAAGGGGUAUAAUUGUCCACUGUGCUCUUGAAGUGGGAGCCACAACCGAAGCACACCGUGCAUACAAGAGAGGCACUGGACAACAGUUGGAGGAUCAGGUGGAUAGCAUGACACUGACAAGGGGAUCAUUUACCUAUGCCAGUGGGGAAGAAUACCACGGCGAGUGGAAAGAAGGCAAGGCUCCUCUGUUUCUCAGCUGUAAAGAAAGUCGGAGACAUGGUCUUGGACAGCUCAAGUUUCAAGAUGGAUGUUGCUACACUGGCCAGUUUGAGAAUGGACUCUUUCAUGGCUCUGGCAUGCUGAUUUUUACAGAUGGAUCCAGGUAUGAAGGUGAAUUUGCACAUGGAAAGUUUCAAGGCACCGGGAUCUUCAGUCGAUAUGAUGGGAUGAAAUUUGAAGGGGAAUUCAAAGAUGGCCGUGUUGAAGGAUAUGGGUUAUUGACUUUCCCAGAUGGAAGUCACGGUGUUCCACGGAAUGAGGGCCUGUUCCAAAACCACAAGCUGCAGAAAAGAGAAAAGUGUCCAGGAGUGGUGCAGCGGGCUCAGGCUUCAGCCUCCGGUGCUCAUAGCCUGGCACUUUAGAGUUCCAGGGCCCUGGAGGAGACACAGGCCUCAGGGAUGGAUGCUUCCCUGCAACUCUCUAUUUUCAGUUUAGCUUUUGUUUUUGUGCACUCUCCUCCCCUUCACAGCAACCUGAAAUGCAAAUGCAAUUGACCAACUUAUAGCUUUCACGGUGAUUGACUUGAUGCAAGCCUUUUAACCUCACAAGUCACACAUAAAGAAAAUGCUGCUGUUUCUCAUAUUCUGAUUGUACAACUGCAAGUGUUUCUUACAUCAAACUGGAGACAAUGAAGAGCUCUUUCGGAAUCUUUUUGGUAAGCCCUUAUUUUCGGUUAGAUCAUUGUACUGUAAAAUGAUUCAAUCCAUUCAUUUGUUUGAAAUUUAAAGGGCCCCUGAGAAUACUUUGAAGAAAAAAUGUUGUAAAUAUGCUAUUUCCAUGACUCUGUGGGGUCAUACUUCCUAACAGUUGUGCUGCAAACCUUUCAUGGAAUCCAUUUUGCCGCUGGUGUUUGUCCAUUUGGAGACCCAUUGUUCACGUUUGCCUUAAAGACUUCAUUUUUGUACGACAGCAUAUUUGAAUAUUGUCCCGUGGAAAAGCAGAUGACGCAUGGUGCCCCCUUCUCCCCCUCUCUCGUAAAUAACUUACUCUUAUACCUGUUGGCCUGAUUGUUUCCAAGCCGUGGCAGGGUGUUCACCCCAAUUGAUUCUUCUUUAAAAAAAAAAAAAAAAAAAAAAACUCCACUCAAACUGGAAAUCACUGGAGGGGAUAUUUAAGUAGAGACUCUACUAAGCGUCUUUGAAAAGGAAACGUUAACCAAAUGCAUUGAAUUAGGGACCUGAGUCCUAAUAUGGCAGCUGGAUGAUGGUAUUUACAUAUAAGGUGCAUAUUUAAGCAUGUAAUGCUAAAAUAGCUGUUUUUGUAUAAAAUAAUUGUGAUGUGUUUAGAGAUGUUGAGAAUUCAUAAGUCAUCCUCGUUCCUCUGUACAUUACAGUACAGAUAAUUUCAUUGUGCAUGAACAGUUAAUAGGCCUUACAAAUCAGCGGUUUUACUGAGGUUGCCUAAGAAUCCUUUAACCAAAGAAAACUGAAACAAUAAAACAGGUAGGAAAGCCAAAAUAGUUCAAAGUUGGUGUAUAGGUUACGUCUUUACAACUGUGCGAUGAAGACAAUUAAAUAAAAACUCCACUAAGGUUUCAAGCACACAUGAAAAACAGGGCCGAAAGAUUAAACAGGGAUCUGAUAUGACUUUCUGUUGAGACUCUUCCUGAAAUCAGUAUAUUUCAGAGGUUAAAAUUGCUAGCCCAUGCCAGUGCUUACUCUAAAUAAAUGUUUUGGUACAUCCAUGUGACAAAUAACAGUACCCACACAAAAUAAUACUUAUGCUGAUAUCAGUUUCACUGCCUCAAAGCAUAUUUGUGUCUUUACUUUAUAUUCAGGGAUUGUCCUAUUCUUAAAUUUCACAUCACAUCGUGUUUCUUUCCCACCUUGUUCAAAUCAGCAUUGGCUUGUGGCAUCUUUGCCCACUUACUUAAUGCCUGAUUGUAACUGAUUGCACAAGGAUCAUUUUUCCAUUUCUACUUCGAAACAAAUGGUGCUUCAAAACUGUGCCUGUCUAGACUUUGAUUUGCCUGGAAAUUCUCAUUGCUAUGGUUACCUUUUUGAGUUCCAUUUGAAUGGUUUGUGAGUGCUCUUAUAAAAUCUGCACAGGGUCCUCACAUAAUCCUGGAAUAAGUCCACUCUGUAUCAUAGAGGUGUGCAAAUAAAGGAUUGUAUCA